GUUUGUUGUUCGAUGAUUUACUGUUUUAAUUUCCUUGGCUGCACGGUUGAUUUCUCCAACGCUGUAAUCUGAUUUCUGUUACUUUCAUCAACGAGUCUUCGAUAUGAAUCACAGGCGCCCAAACAAAGUCACUGAAAAUGACGCAGAUUCUAGUUUUAAUUCUGUAAAACAAGAAGAGGAAAACCGGGAGUAUGUUGUGAAAAAAAUUUUAGAUAAGCGUAAAAGAUAUGGCAAGGUGGAAUACUUAAUCAAGUGGAAAGAUUUCAAUGAUUCGGAAAAUUCUUGGGAACCUAUUAAAAAUCUUAACUGCAAAUAUUUAAUUAAACAAUUUGAAAAAAAAAGAAAAAGCAUGCUAUCAAAUUCAAUUGUUAAAAACCAUGUAUCAUUAGAUGUUGGUCCUUCUAGAGAAGUAGAAAAAAUUAUGGAUGUUACUAAUUGUGAUGGCAAGAUUAUAUUUUUAAUAAAGUAUAAAGGAAUUGAAGAGCCUGAGGUGAUAAAAGCUGAAGAGGCUAAUAAAUUAUACCCGCAAGUCGUUAUCAACUUUUAUCAAGAAACACUUGAAUGGAAAAAUUAA